CUGUAGUCUGCCGUCACGCGCAAACAUGAGACGUCACUUAGCGGUCGGAGUCCUCGGUCCCCCCCUCCGGCAGUGACACAGACACGGCGCUUUGGCCCGAGGACGUUGACGAUGAAGACGACCCGCCCCAUGCUGAACACACACCGCAGAAACGCCGUACCAAGGACCUGAAUCUGCGCAAUGUCAUGCUACUCACUCGACUGGUGCAGACGAAGACAACGCUCAUGGACCACCUAGUGCGCGACGAGUACUACCAUCACCACACCAAGGUGCCAGCCAUGGCCAGCGUGUCGGAAAAUGUCGUGCAGUGUGAUAGCAUCGCCAUGCAAAGGCCGUCCAUGGCCAGGGAUCGGCAUUUGUGGAAGAUACUCAAAGAGAAUCCGUUCUUGUGGUCGGUUCUGCCUAUCAUCGCUCAAGACUCCGACUCCUUAGCACAACUGCUGUGGAUUGUUAAGUCGUGCCUGUUCAAUCUCAUAGGGCGAUUCAACCGUUCACCGAAACAUAGUAGUACUUUGGCCUUUGCCCUGCUCCAACGAGCUCAUCUGCUGAUGCUGGCCUUGGUGGAGGCAAACUGGAUAUCCAAACAGCUGUACAAAGUGGCAGAGGUGUUCGAAAUAUUGACCUGUGGAGAUGUAGCGAAACUGUUAUCGGCUGUAGGGCAAUAUAUUCUGGACCGGCCCCCGGUCCCAAUGUCUGAUGAAAAGGUGCGAUUGUGA